CUCUAGUUAUGUUUAAGCCAAUACACUGCUGUGCUUCGCCCAUAUCCUUCAUAUUUAAUUUCUUACAUAAAUUGCUUUUUAGCUCUGCAGUUAACAUUUGCAAUGAACUAAAUAUCGAGGGGUGAAAGGCUAAUUGUAUGAAGCGACAUUUUGGGCGAUAUUGAGUUAUAUACAUAUUCGGAAUCAGCGAAUUUUUCUGCGUCGACUGAGCCGGGUUUCGUUCAAUUCUGAGCACUUUUAUGGCGCUUAAAACAAUGCAAUUUUGAUGCAUAAUUCUCCAACAUGAUGAAUGAUCCGACAUCCAAUUUGCCAUAUUUUUUCAGUAUUUCGCUUAAGCUGUACACAAAAACAAAGAAUAGGAGCAUAAGCCGUUAUUCUCGUCCUAAAAUUUCAGUUCGGUGGCAGAUCUAUGUAAUCUAUGUAAUUUAAAACAAAUAAAUGUUGGCAUAGUUUUCGUAAACCGUGGCAGUAUUAUUACUGCCCCGCCCCGCGCGGGCGCAUCAGUCAGUCGCGAGUGUAGUGGAAGACAGGACGCACGCUGUUGUAGUUUGGGAUCAGACCGAAUAAAAUAAGCUUCCCACAAUGGAGCCAAAAAGAUUAAAAUAUUUGAGAAGCAAGAUUGAACGCAUAAGUGAGGAAAAUGAAAACAAAACAAAAUCGUUACAGCCCAGUACGAAACGAAGAUUUUCAGUAACACUCCUAGACAGCUCGUCUUAUCAUGACCAAAACAAAGAUUUGCGUAUUUUCAAUACAUUUGAUGACAAAUUUAACAGUGAUCCGAAAACAAUAACAAAUUAUGAAGAGUAUGACGAAGAAUCCCAAAAAAAUGAAAAAGAUAACGUAAAGUCAAUGGAUAAACCUACGAAAAUAUUAGAAUUAGAAGAACACGAACAAAACACCAAAAAUCCAAAUAAUGUUAAUCAAGUAAUCGCAAAACACAUGGCCCAAGACACGGUAAUUGAAAUGAGUGAUAAAAUUCGAACAGACAGUAAUGAAAGCCUUCAACCAACGUUAACAGAAAUUAUACCGGAAAAAGAAAUGGAUAUAUUAAGGAAAUCCUUGGAGGAGGACAAUAAUGCUGAAGAAAUUACAACGGAAAUACCAAAUCGAGCAGAAGACGUUCCUAAAAAAGUUAGAAAAAGCAAACGCACCGUGAUUCAAAAAAGCUAUUUAGAUUUUAUGAGUGAAGAUGAAGACUUUGUCUGGGACUCGACUUCCUGGGAAGGGACGGACAAGUCCUCAAGUGAUGACGAUGAUCAACCAAAGAAAAAAAAACUUAACGUAGAAGAUGGGAAAAAGUGUGGUGAAAUAGACGAUGAAAAAAGGAGAGCAAUAUUUGAUUUUUAUUGGGGAUUAUCUAAUCAGAGAAAAAAGGAGUGGUUAAUUGCUAUGUCCUCUAAAGAAGAAAUAAAAAGAAAGAGAUCUAAACUUUCCAGCUACAGGACCAAUACAUUUAAAUAUUUUAUAAAUGACGGAGAGGGUCGUCGUCAGCAAAAAACUUCAUUAAAAGCUUACCUGCACUACCGUCGCAUUAUUGCCGCAAGGAUAGUACAAAGCUGUACCUCCCAACUGAAUUCAAAAACAUCAAAAAUCUGUAAAGGACUCGAUGUCUUGAGUGAAAAAAUCUUUCGACUAAUAUUUAGUACUGAUUUUAAUAUAGGGUUCCACGUGCCUAAGAAGGAUAAGUGUAUAAAAUGUUUGCGUUUUGAAGGCCAAAAGCCAUCUGAGUGUCCCGAACUGCAUGCCCAUUUAGAAGAAAAACAAGCAUCAAAACAACGCCAGCAAUUUCAUAGAGAAUUAGGCAAAGAAAACCCUACUAUUUUGUGUGCAUCUUUCGAUCUCCAGAAGGUUCUCAAUACUCCCCAUGGGAACAGUAUGCUGCUUUUUUACUCCCGAAAAUAUACGGUUUAUAAUUUAUGCUUUUAUGAAAGUAUAACAAGAAAUGGUUUCUGUUUUGUCUGGGGAGAAACAGAAGGAAAGAGAGGGGCCAAUGAAAUUGGUACAAUCUUGCAAAAAUACAUAGAAGACGUUGAUUCGCGAACCACAAUAAAAACUUUAAUUUUAUAUUCGGACUCGUGCCCUGGACAAAAUAAGAAUAAAAUUGUUCUUCCUGCCGUCCAUAACGCGUUGUUACAAUCUAAACAUCUAGAAACUAUUCAAAUGAACUUUCUUCUCCCCGGACACACGGAGAUGACUGUAGACAGCAUCCACUCGACUAUUGAGCAGUCCGUGCGAAAUACGAUAGUGUGGGCUCCUUCUCAGUGGGUAACAGUGUGCCAGCUAGCCCGAAAAGAGCCAGCGCCUUAUUAUGUCGAAAACCUUACACAUACUGACUUUAAAAAUUUUGAAGAGUUCUCUGAUAAAUAUUUCAAAGGAAACCUGGUUGGAAAAAUAAGCAAAAUCCGAACGGCAACAUUUAAAAAAUCUAAUCCAAACGAAAUUAAAAUUAAGUAUACUAUGAAGAAUGAUGCACUGGAAGAAAAGAUACCAAUACAUGCUAAACCUAAGAGUCUCAAUCUCAAAUAUAAAACUUCGUUAGCAAUUACCAAAUCUAAAUACAACGAUCUUAAAAAACUAUGUGACACUAACGUUAUUCCAAAAAUAUUUCAUUCUGAGUACUUAAAUUUGCAAACUAACAACGCUAAAGAUCAACUAGUGGAUACCGAUAUUGAAGAUGAGACAGAGGAAUUAGAUUAG